CAUGUACACCCAAAGAAAGUAAUAUAGUAUGUACAGUUAUAUAUUUACUUAUAAUCAUAUAGACUUUAAAAGCGUGUGUGUCGUGUCGUAUUAUCGUGUGUGUUGACAUAAAAUUUUAAGUUAAACGUUGUUAUUUAUUCUGAAGAAAUUGGCAAAAGAACGCGCGGCAUCAACCAAGAUAGUGGUCAAAAUGGCUGAGCCUAGUGUUUCGCCGGCUUCUGGCUCAUCAGAUUCAUCUGAAAUAACACAAGAGUCAUUUAUAUCGAAUUUUAUUUCGGAAAUAGUUAAAAGUCCACUUAAUAUAUUUCUUGUUAUUGUUAUUGCAUUUUUAGUUUAUAAAAUAUUUCGAAGUAAAACUCAACCAGAUCCACCGGUACAAGAAUACAAGCCAUUGCCGAAAAUUCGUAAAGAUUUUAAUGUUGAAGACUUAAAACCAUACGAUGGCAGGGGACCAGAUGGACGAAUUCUUGUUGCUGUUAAUGGGAGUGUGUAUGAUGUUACCAGAGGCAGUAGAUUUUACGGACCCGAUGGACCGUAUGCCGCAUUCGGGGGGCGGGAUGCCAGCAGAGGACUUGCCACAUUUUCAGUAGUUCCAGGCAAAGAUGAAUAUGAUGAUUUAAGUGAUCUUAAUACAACAGAAAUGAAUUCUAUUUUAGAGUGGGAGGAACAAUUUAAAGAACGAUACGACUACGUUGGUAAAUUAUUGAAGCCUGGUGAAGCACCAACAAAUUAUUCUGAUGAAGAAGAUGAAGGAAGUCAACAAGAAUCCGACGCUAAAUCUAAGGAUGAUUGACCAUUCAAAAAUAAAAUAAAAAGCAUACUGAUAAAUUUUAAACAUCUGUCACACAUCGAUUUUAAAACAGUGGAUAUCAUCAGCACUUGUCAAUUACCAAUUUUAAAAGUAAAGGGAUACCUCGUAAUUGUGUGAAAUAUUAUAAAUAUAUAUAUAUAUUAUAUAUACAUUUGAAAGUGGUAUUCUUAACAUGAAAACUUGCUUUGUUCAUCAUAAUAACGUGGACUCUUUCAAUACAUAAAAUAAUUUAAAAUAUGUGUACAGAUUUUCUACAAAUCUUAAAAAAAAAAUCUAUUACUUAUGAGAAUUUUAGAAAUUAUUAAUUUUAUAAUUUUAUUAAAAAAACUUUACAUUAUAUUUUAAUUAAUUAGUAAUUUUUUAUUUUUAUUCGAAUAUUAUAAAAUUUAUUAGCAAUUUAAAAAUUAAAUCAAUAUUAAAUUACUCCUAAGAUGUUUGAAAAAUAACUUCCUUUUUUUAAAAGUAUUUUAAAGCAAAUAUCUAAUAUAUAUCAACUGUUUUGAUAUUUUCCACUAUCCCUUUGUAAAAAAAAAAAAUAAUAAAUAAAUAAAAUCAAAAAGUAAAUUAAUAUUCAAAAUAUUUUUAUAAGUAUAUAAAUAAAAAAAAGUUUACAAGUUGUCAGUUUUUUAUAUCGACUUUUUUAAACUGCUAAGAUAUGUAUAAUAUAUACAGUAAUAAGUUAUAACAAACGAUUUUAUUUUGUUUCUCAAACAUCUUAGGUAAUAACUCGAAUGAAAAUAAAUUUUAAAAAUGAAACAAAUAAAAAAAAAUAUAUAUAUGUAAUCACAAAUCUAUUCUCUUAUGGCUUUUUAAAUUAAUGACUACCUCAAGGUGCGUUUUAUAAUAAAUAUUCGAAAGAAAAAAUAAAUAAAUCAUCACGCAUCUUUAGAGCGUGCACUUAUUAUUGGUAUCAUCGAACUGAAUAAUU